UUCUCGUGCGAGAGCUUCAGUCGCUCUUGACUCUCCGACCAUCGAGAUAUCUCGAGACGAGACAGACAAAACAAGGAGGAAAUACGGUGCGGUGAUAGACAAAUAAUCGUUUAAUUGCGAAAGUGAAAAUCGUCAUGAGAUUGUUCAGGUGUUUGGUGCCAGUGGUGGUGUUGCUGCUGAUUAAAGACGCCUCCGCGAGACCCGGGUUAGGCGAUUUACUCCACGGUACUAGCGUCGGCAGUUUAAUAGACCCGUUGGGAGUCUUCAAACCCAAAGGUGGCAGUAAUGCUCAGGCUAACAGCAAUGCUCAGGCAGUAUCAGGAAACGUGAAUUUCGGACCUAUUGGGAUCGGCGGUGGAUUUUCCUCAGCCACGUCAUCGGCAUCGGCGAACGGCGGCGCCGGUGGCGGUUUAGCUUCAGCUUCAGCCAAAGCGGAUGCUCAAGCCAACGGAUACGGUGGCGCGAAUGCGAACGCGAACGCGAACGCGCAAGCGUCUUCCAACGCAAAUUUACAAGGUUCUUUGGGAACCCCCGGGGGGUAUUAUGUCGGAAACAACAAUUAUCCCGGUGUUUCUCAACCUAAUCAACCAAAUUACGGAAGUUACGGUGGCUCUCAGUCCAGUGCUAAUGCUAAUGCGAAUGCCAAUGCCAUUGGCAAUGGCGGAGUGCGGCCGGUUGGUCCCAAUUAUUACCCUUCUGGAUCUCACGGCGGCAACGCUAACGCUAAUGCUAAUGCGAACGCGGGUGCAAACGGAGGCGUGAAUGCAAUUCCUAACAAGUAUCCCGCCGGAAUAGGAGGAAUAGAUAGAAUAGAAGUCAUUCCUGUAAAUACGUUGCCGCUCUCUCGACCAACCUCGCCUGUGGUUCAUCCACACCCUUAUCAGCCUGGACACAAUAAAGGGGAUGUGAUACCGAUUAUCGUUGUUGAGGAAUCUCCGCGAUAUCCGCCGUACCAGCGUCCGGGUCCUUCCUCUCAUUACCAGCGUCAUCAACCACAUUACGGCAAUAAACCGAAGCAACAACCUAUCGAGAUCAUCAUCAUCGAGGAGACAGAAAAGCCAGCUAAUGGCUACGGAAAUGGUGUUCAAGGAAUCCGCGGAUAUGGAGGCAAUCCGUUUUUACCUCAAGAGGUUCUUACGAGCAAUGCGGGAUCAAACGCUAAUGCAAAUGCAAAUGCUAAUGCUAAUGCUCAGGCAGGUGCCAGCGGAAAUAGCGGAGGUAUUUUGGCAGGACAUGGUGGACAUCAACAAGGUGGUUAUCAACAAGGCGGGCAUCAACAAGGUGCAUAUCAACAAGGUGGAUAUCAACAAGGUAGUCAUCAACAAGGUGGAUAUCAACAAGGUGGAUAUCAACAAGGUGGUCAUCAACAAGGGGGAUAUCAACAAGGUGGUUAUCAACAAGGUAGCGGUUACCCAGCGGGACCAGUAGAAGGCCCUCCGAUCGGCGCCAACAAUCCCUUUCUGAAUCCCGGUGCAACUUCUGGUGGAAGUGCUGGUGCCAGUGCCAAUGCCAAUGCUAACGCAAAUGCUGGUGCUGGUAGCAUAGGAGAAAAACCAAUAGGCGUGAAUAAUCCGUUCCUUAAUACCGGCGGCAUAUCUCAUAAUGUUGGAGGAGGAGCAAACUAUCAACCAGGAACUUUACCAAAACCCAUUCCUACCACUUAUCCGGGUCAAUCAUCCGGAGUAGGAUUUCCGCAUGGAUCGGCGGGAGCGAAUGCUGGCGCUAAUGCUAAUGCUAACGCCGGCGCUGGAGCCGGCGGUGUUGGAGGAGGAUACGGACCGAUCAAGGAAAGUCCGAUUGAUUCUGGUGGACACUUGGUCGGUGGAUCUUUGGGAGGUGGUUAUGAAGGUCACGGAUCCGGUCCGAGUUUCGGUGGAUUCGGAGGACAAGCCGGUGGUGCAUCUAAUGCUAACUCUAAUGCUAAUGCUAAUGCCGGUAGUGCCUUUGAAGAAUCUGGCGGAUCCGUUCUCGGAGGAUCUGGAGGUCACGGGGGCAUACCGCAUAGCGUUGGGGGAGGAGCAAACUAUCAACCAGGAAGUCAACCCAAACCUAUUCCUAAUACUUAUCCGGGUCAAUCAUCCGGAGUAGGAUUUCCGCAUGGAUCGGCAGGAGCGAAUGUAAACGCCGGCGGAGGAUAUAAUGGAGGCUCUCUCGGUGGUCAAAAUGGCGGUGGAUUUGGAAUCGGUGGUGGAAACGUUCACGGCGGAAUUGGAGGUUCUUCCGGUGCCAAUGCUAAUUCCAAUGCUAAUGCCAAUGCCGGAGCUGGCGGUCAUGGAACUAUUCUCGGAGGAUCUGGUCUUGGUGGUCAAGGUGGUAGUGGAUGUAGCCAAUGUGGCUCUUCCGGGCUAAAUCUUGGUGGAUAUGGCGGAGGUUCUUCUGGCGCUAAUGCUAAUAGCAAUGCCAAUGCCGCUGCUGGCGGUUCCGGCGGUAGUGUUCAUGGUGGAUAUGGAGACGGCGUUAAAGGAACAGGACAUGGUGGUCAAGGCGGAGUCGGCGGAUCAAUUGGAGGAGGCUCAAACGCAAACGCACAAGCGUCCUCCAACGCGAUCGCGUCCGGCGGUGGAUCGGCAUCAGCGGACAGCAAAUCGUCGGCCUUCACUGACGGAACAGGAUCCGCGAAAGCCAACGCGGCCAGCAAUGCGUCCUCAGGAACGUACGGUGAAUUAGGGUCGAAAACCUCGGCGUCGAGCCAAGCGUCGGCAUCUGCUGACACCAGGGAUAUGCUGAUUUUCAAUUAAACAUUGUGAUACAACGAAGUGGACGACCGACGAGAAGACACUCGACGAGGAGUCCUCUUGGCCAUAAAAGCUACAUAAUACUCCGAUUUAUAUCCUGAUGUUCUACGAAUGUAACGAAUGCGAAUAUGGUAUUGCCCAAUAUUUAAAAAAUUAGCAGUAUUUAUAUUAUAAAACUGCCUAUCGAUAAGAGAGAGUGUAUUUAAGUUUUUAUAAUCACUAGUUAUAAAUUUUUAGUAAUCUUGAUUGUAAAUUAAAACCUUUUUUGGAAUAAUUCAAUUUUGAAAUGGAUAAACUGUGAGUAUUUUAUUAGAAAACAUAGAAGGGCAAAUAUUUAUUUGUAUUCGUAUUGCGAAUGGCGUUGGAGGUAGAUCAAACAUUAUUUACUCAUUUCUCUUCGACGAAAUGAGUAACUAAACUCGUAUUUAAAAUUAAAAUUAAUUAGAUAUUAAAAUUUAAGAUUUUGUAACUAAACACACGGCUACAGACGAAGCCCAUCUUUAAUUGGGAUAAUGACGUAUCUGCUUCAGACUAAAAUACAUUUAUACUCAUCCCAGACGUUUUGUGCAAUCGGAAUAAUUUUAAUACACAUAGUAUGAUAUAUUUAGACAUCUAAAAGAUCUUUAAGUUAAUACUCUCUUUAUAUUUAUAAGUACUUAAAUUAUAUUUAUAAGCUGCGUGUAGAUCCUUUAAACUGGAUCUGUGAUUUACAUGAAACGUGCCAAUGAAAUUUAUGAUAAUAAACAUAUUAUUAAAGUUUUUAUUGUAAACGUGAUUAAUCAAAUUUAUAAAUCCUCAAAUCAAGGAUCAAAAUAAUUCUAUGCGUUUUAUUCGCUUAUCUCUCAUUUUCGUAUUAUGCACAUUUUCUUGCUUCAUAUAACAUCGAUUCGGACGAAGACGUGUUAACUACCGCUUCAGAUCCCGAGGGGAAAUGCGAUCUCAGUUGUGCAACUCGUAAGGGUAAUACUCACCGAUCAAGUCGAGCGUGCUUACACUCUCGUGUAUUUUUACGAAAUCGGAGAAUAGCAGUAUUUGGAAUUGGCACCGGCAACAUCUCCUCUCUUUGUCUUUAUUCUCACGAUGGCAAGCGUCUCUGGAGUGUCGGAAACAACGGGGAUAGAAACCCGUCGGACUUGUUCUGCAAGAAUAUGAACGAGGAAAACGGAAGAGAGGAAAGAUGCAGAAAGAGAAAGACUGAGAAAAAGACAGUAAAAAAGCGACAGUGAGGGGGAUAAAGAGAGAGAAAGAAGAGAAAAAGAGACAAAGAAAAGGAAUUAAAGAAAAAAAAUGCUAAAGCAAAUCUAUUGUAAUGUAUAUGAUGUUUAUCCGAAUUCGCAAAUUCUUACGCGAUUGUCGUAAUUAAUACGUAAUUAUUGAUAAUCAUUUAUUAUACGCUGCACGUGUUAUUUGCUCAACGGUUUCCAAGAAUGAUCGUUUAUUAUCAUGCGUCAUUGCAUUAUAUACAUAUAUAUAUAUAUAAAAUACACAUAUUUAUCCAUUUAAUGAAUUUGACUGUCCUUCCAGUCUCUUAUGCAUUCUUAUGUAAUAUACUGCGUGAUUUGUGUGAACAUGUAAGAAUUUAAUAAAAUUUGCGAUUUUUUUUAUA